AUGAUCACUCCAUCCAUUGUUUCAUUUCUCCAAACACCUCAUACUCCACACCCUAAAAACCCUACUUCAUCAAUACCUUAUAUCACUCCAAGACUUAAACUGUUUGGUGCAACAAAUCAAAGGGAGCUAGAAGAGUUUGAAUUUCAGAAAUGUAACGUAGCUUCCGUAGAUGCAUCUACGGAACAUGUUGAAGAAGAACACUUCCGUAUGGUGCACCCAUAUAAUAUUUCAAGUAAAUUAGCUUCUUUAGUCGAUGUUAGUGCGAGUAUCGAUGAGGUGGUUGCAAAUGUGGUAGAUGUCGGAGGUGACUUUAUUAGCAAGCACGACUUUGAUGAUCGUGAAAGCAUGCUAACAUGGAUUCGUCGGAAAGCAGUUAACCUUAGAUUUGGUGUGGUAAUCGGAAGAUCAGAUAAUGGUACCGCAAGAAGAAACCCGUUUGUUACAAUGUUGUGCGAAAGAAGCGAGAAAUACAAUCCUCCUCUAAAGAAAUUUAAAAAAGACGACACGGGUACUAGAAAAUGCGAGUGCCCAUUUAAAAUCCGUUGUUAUAUGUUGGCUAGCAAGAAGUGGAUAAGCUCUGUUAUUUAUGGUUUGCAUAACCAUGAAUUGUGCGCAAAAUUACAAGGCCACCCCUAUGGCAUGUUGGCUCACUCCGAUUGA